AUGAGAGUCGUCGGAGAUAGAUGGAAAUUAGAUAGAUGGAAAUUAGAUCGGAGGACACUCAGACGAGGAGCGAUGACAAGUCUCCGACUCUUCGUAGUCGGUGAGCUUUGGCAUUCCAAGAUCUUCACAGGUUUAACCAAUCAGAUUUCUCGAUUUUCUCUCCCGGUCGAACCAAUUCAAUCGCCGCCACGAUCUCUUCUUCCACGAAGAAAUUAUACAAGCAAUGGAUUCUUACAGGUGUCCUGUAAUGGCGGUCUGAAUCAAAUGCGUGCUGCGAUUUGUGAUAUGGUGACUGUGGCUAGGCUAUUGAACUUGACUCUUGUUGUUCCUGAGCUUGAUAAGAAAUCUUUUUGGGCUGAUCCAAGUGACUUUGAGGAUAUUUUUGAUAUAAGGCAUUUCAUUGAUUCAUUAAGAGAUGAAGUUCGGAUUUUAAGGAGGCUUCCGAAACGGUAUAGCAAGAAGUAUGGAUACCGAUUGUUCGAAAUGGCGCCCGUAAGCUGGUCAGAUGACAAGUAUUACUUGCAAAAGGUAUUGCCGCUGUUUAUAAAAUAUAAAGUUAUACGUUUCAGUAGGAGUGAUGCCCGAUUGGCGAACAAUGGUCUUUCUCUCGAUAUACAAAGGCUGAGAUGCCGAGUGAAUUUCCAAGGACUGAAAUUCACUCCGCGGAUUGAGGCUUUGGGAUCAAAGUUAGUUCGGAUUCUCCAACAAAGAGGGUCUUUUGUGGCUUUGCAUCUUAGAUAUGAGAUGGACAUGUUGGCUUUCUCUGGUUGCACUCAUGGCUGCACCGAGGAAGAAGCUGAAGAACUUAAAAAGAUGCGGUAUGCAUAUCCUUGGUGGAGAGAGAAAGAGAUAGUCUCUGAGCAGAGAAGAGUGCAAGGGCUGUGUCCAUUAACACCCGAGGAGUCAGUUUUGGUCCUAAAAGCAUUAGGGUUCCAAAAGGAUACACAGAUAUACAUUGCAGCUGGUGAGAUUUACGGCGGUGCGAGGAGACUAGCCCUUUUAAAGGAAUCAUUUCCAAGAAUUGUUAAAAAGGAAAUGCUACUAGAUCCAAUGGAGCUGCAACAAUUUCAGAACCAUUCAUCUCAAAUGGCAGCUUUAGAUUUCUUAGUAUCGGUAGCUAGCGACACUUUUAUUCCUACCUACUAUGGAAACAUGGCAAAAGUUGUUGAAGGACAUCGAAGAUAUGUCGGGUUUAAGAAAACAAUCUUGCUAAACCGGAAGAGACUUGUGGAGCUUCUGGACUUGCAUAACAACAAGACGAUCUCUUGGGAUCAGUUUGCAGUAGCUGUCAAGGAAGCCCAUGGAGGACGAAGUAUGGGAGAACCAACACAUCGGAAAGUAAUCUCUGAUAAGCCAAAGGAAGAAGAUUACUUCUAUGCCAAUCCUCAAGAAUGUAUUUAUGAAAAUCCACUUUAA